GCGCUCGCCCGGUCAACAAUUCGCGAGCUUGCCCUUCCCAGCAGUCCACCAGGCACUCCGACAAUAUUCUCUGACCUCAAGCUAUAUACCUGGCCAUAAGGGCCUUGUCUUGCGAUACCCAACAGUGCUCAGAGCCAAGCGAUCGCCCAGUGAUUUCCUUCGCGACGAGAUCCCCCUCGACCAGGACCCAUCUCCGUAGCCCAGACACGCGUCAACGACACCGUCAACAUGCCCUCUAUUCUCUCCAAGGUCUUUGGUCGCAAGAAGGACCAUGGGGAGUCGCGUUCGCACGCUCGCCAGUCCAGGACCUCUUUGCUCGAUGGCAAGUUCGAGAGGGUGUCCCCCACGGUCAGCCCGUCUGUGGAGAACUUCCCAGACGCAGGACAGAGGAAGGAGCUGGAGAAGAACAACGACUUCAAGCUCACAUUGAAUCUCCCCGGCGUCAAGGAAGAGACUGGCGGACGCGCCUUGGACACAGUGUUCGAAGCCGUACCCUCAUCAUCCAUCGGCGAGCGCCGUCUCUCCCCCGCCGAGGCCCUCGUCCUUCUUCGCGCCUGCUCGCAGUCCAUCAUUGCGCACGGCCUUGAGACCCUUGGCAUAAUGCACCCGCACUGGUACUCCUCCUCCCCCGAAGAUCAGCGGAGGCUAAUCUCGCUCUUCAUCCACUCGUUAAACUCGCCCGCCCAAUCCCCCUCUGCCCUCCCCGCCGCGGACUUCGCAUCUGAGGUGAAGUACGCGCGCUCGCCGCACGACGUCGCCGCUGUCCUCCGCUGGGGCCUGCGUCAUCUUCAGCUCGACAGCUCUGCGCCCGAAUUUGGGAAGGAGAGCGCGUGGUACACGAAGUUCAGCACCGGGGAAAGGCAGAGCAACUACUCCCCGAAGGCGUUUCAAGAUAUUCUCGUCCCCCUCCUCCCGGAUCCGCACCGCGAACUGCUGGUCACCAUGCUCGACACCGUGUCUUCGAUUGCGUCGCAUUCUGAGGCCAACGGCAUAUCGGGCAGCAAGCUCGCGAAGUUCGUGGGUCUGUGGUUCCUGACGUCGCAGCGCGCGGCAGACGAUGACGACUUCGCAUCGUUCUACGCACGCUGGGAGCGUAUGGGCCGUAUCCUCGAGCACCUCUUCCUCGCGCGCAUUAGGGAGGAGUCGCUCCGCCUCAAGAUGCCGCGCCGAUUGACGGAGCUCGUAAAGCGAUACCCAUACUCUUACGAGCCCGACUCCGAUCUACUUCCCCGUCCACCGUUUUCGACGCGUCUCGAUAACGCGCUUUACGUACGCGUAGAGACAGAGAUCGCCCCCAGCGUCGUACCGACCAAGGUGCACCCCCUCCGCGUUCUGGCCGAGGCUCUCAAGGCGGAGCCGCCUGCUGAUGCCUCGGAGGCUCAUGUCGCACUGUGGAACAGGCUUCGCCGUCUGCUUAAUUCCGACGCUGAGACGAACCUCGGUAAUGUCUUCGCAGAUGACACCAUUCGUCUGCUCGCCUUGGUUCCUGCGAACAAUGACCUGGAUUACGCGACAACGCGCAGGCAGCUGCUGCCCUACGAAGGUGUCUCUACGGCCGCUACGUCCCCCAUCACCUCGCCCAUCAGCCCGCCGACGACCUCGUUUGCCACGCCCUUCUCCGCGGGAUCCUCGACCGCGCCCACCAGCGCUCCAGCCUCCCCCACUCGCGCAUCUGCUGCGCUUCCGACUAACGGGAGCGGGCAACCCCUCGACUGGGCCCAGUUCUCUACCGCGGGCUUCCUGGAGAGCAAGGACGUCGCUCCGCUCGCGGCCACACUCCUCGAUACCGACGUCGAGGUCACGACCCCGCCGAGCCGCCAGUCGAGCCGACGCCGCGUUCCUCGACUCACGGGACUGGACCGCGUAGCGUCGAGCGUACAGUCUCGGGCGUUGUCGCCGUCGCGGGCGCUAUCGCGGUCACGGUCGCGCGGAGCGUCCCAGUCGGGAGUCGCGUCCCCAUCGCCGGCGGAUAUCCCGCUCCCAAGCACGCCCGUCGUGCGCACGCAGGCGAAGACGACGCAGGUCUUCGUGCGCCAGCUCGACGAGGCAUUCAUCGACUUUUGGGCGGAUGGCGUCGUGGAUCCGAUCGCCGCUGACUGGCCCUCGUUCGUCCUCUGUCGCCUGAAGGAGCCCGGUAUCGAAGAGGGGCUGUCAGUGCCGAAAGUGGAGUGGGUGGUCAUCGAGCAUGCGUACAAGAAGGUCGAGCCGCCCGCGCCUGUGACGGAGGAGAGCGUGGAUGCGGUUGCUUCACCUCGACCAUCUCUCACGACCGACACGGCCGGCUCGCGCAAGCGCUUCUCACUCUGGGCCCGCGGUUCGUCGAAGCGGAACACGAGCAAGGCGGGCAAGAUUGGCGAGCUCGGGGAGAUCCUGAGCGAUGCUGAGGAGGAGGCGGAGGAAGAGGGCAGGACGGUGCCGAAGAAGCCCUCGAAGGAGCAGGUGCCGCCAGUGAAGGAGGAGAAGGAGGCGAAAGAGGAGAAGGACAAGAAGGAGGAGAAGAUGAAGGAGGAGAAGGAGGGUAAGAAGGGCAAGAUGCCGCUCAAGUUCGCCGGCAUCAAGCGCAAGUCGGUGGACAUCAGGCGGUCGCUGGAGGUCCCCAGCUCGCCCGUGCCGCGCAAGUCGAGCGAGGUGCUGCCGAAGGGUGAUAGGGAAGCGAAGGAGAAGGUGGAUCGCGAGGCGUCAGAGGCGUCGGCGGCCAAGGAGGACAAGAGCAAGGUCGCUGAAGGCGUCGCUGCAGUAGCGGCCGGCGCUGUGGUCGGAGGUGCUGCUGUCGCUGUUGCAGACGCGGUCACUGGGGAGAAGAAGGACGAAGUUACCGAGUCUGCGCCUGCUGCGGCGGAGGAAGUUGCGCCUGUCGCUGAGGCAGCCACGGAAGAGUCCGCCGCUCCAUCCACCACGGAGACAUUGACGGAGCCUGCGCCCGCGGAGGCACCUCAGGCUGCUGAUGCUGCUGAGCCGGCUGCUGUCGCCGAACCCGUUGCGUCAGUGGAGGAGCCAGUCGCACCCGUCGAAGAAUCGAUUGCACCCACCGAGGAGCCCGCUGCGCCCGUCGACGAGCCCUCUGCACCCGUUGAAGAAUCCGCUGCUCCGAGCGAAGAGUUGCCCGUCCCCUCGACCGAGGCCACCGCUACUGUCGAAGCACCUGUUGAGGCUGACCCCGCGCCCGCCGAGGAGACUCCCGCCGCCGUGCUCGAGCCUGAAGCUGUCUCGCCGCCUACUCCGGAGCCCCCAGUCGUCGAGGAGGAAUCUUCCGCCGUUGAGGAGACUCCUGCUAUCGUCGAGGAAGUCGCAUCUGUGGCUGAUGAAAUCCCUCCGGCUACUGAGGAGGUUGUGCUCCCGACAGAUGAGGUUGCGCCGGCGGUCGAAGAGGAGCCGCCUGUGGUGGAUGAGCCUGCGCCUGCGCCUGCGCCCGAGCCGGCUCCCAUCGUCGAGGAGGAGACUCUAGUGGCCGAGCCUGCCCCUGAGCCGAUCGCGGAGGUUGUCCCUGCCGAGGAAGAUGAAGUGACACCGCCAGUAGUUGAAGAGGUUGCGUCGACUGUUGAGGAGAUCCCAGCGCCGCCGUUUGAGGAACCGGUCGAGGAGUCCAUCGUCGCAGAGGAGGCCGCGCCUACUCCCCCUGUCGAAGAGCCCGCACCUGUCGAGGAGGCCGCUGCUGAAGAAUCUGUAAUGGCUGCUGAACCACCAGCUCCCGAACCUGAGCCCAUCGCUGCUCCCUCUAGCGCACUCGAGGAUGAGGAGAUCGCUGGACCUGUCGAGCCUGCAGCUGCAGAGGCUUUUCAAGAGGAAACGACGCCGGCUGGCGAACCCAUCACCGAGGCGACACCAGCUGAGUCGAAUGCCGCAGAGGAAACCGCGGGCACCGCCGAGGCUACAGAACCAGUUGAGGAAGUGGUCGAGGCACCAGCCGCUUCGUCGAGCGCGGACGAACAGGUGCCUGCGGAGGUUGUGGUGGAAGAGGAGACGAAGGACGCGACCGAGGCCGAUGCCCCUUCUGCAGAGGACAUCGCUCCCGCUGCUUCAGAACCCGAGGUCGAGGCGGUGAACGCUCCCACCGAAGAUCAGCAGGAGCAAGUCGAGGAGGAGGCACCAGUGCCUGCCCCGUUGGCGUCCGAUGAAGCUGAUGCAGCGACAUCCCCCGAGCCCGCAGUUGAGAAGGAUGAGGCGCCUGCGACCACAACUUCCAUCGGUGAAGAGGAAACCCCUGCUGACAAUACGUCGCCGGAAGCUACGGAAGCGACUGAGCCUGAAGCCGUCGAAUCAACGCAGGUUGAUGAUACGGCUUCCGCGCCGGACGCAGGGCACGUGCAAGAGGCAGCUGUUGAUGCGGGCGAUGAGCACGUAGAUCUACCUCCGGUCCCUGUUGUUCCCAGCGAGCCCAUACCGCCUGCCAAUGCGCCUGCUGUACCGGAUGUCACGGACGUCCCUGCUACGCCUUCGGCUGAAGUCCCUUCCGCAACUGAAGUUGCUGUCCCCGAAGAGACGUUGGAGAUGCCGCCAGCCCCGGAGAGCGUAGUCGCGUCUGGAGCAACGCCAGGACCUCAACUCGCUCUCGACAGCAGCGAACCUGCGGCUGCAGCGGAGGCUGCAGGCGAGGAGGAUAAAGUCGAAGAGUCGGCGUCCUAAGGGUGGGAAAACAUGCCGGCGACUGCCUUCGAGAAAGAGUAAGGGUCUUGGUUCCCCAAUGAUGUGAUGCUGAUAGUAAACCGCAGAUCGUCAUCGUGUUUUAACGACAUCGUUCAUGUAUUUGCUUCCUUUGAUACCCUUUCAUCCUGGCGGCC